AUGGAUCGUCAUGCUAGCAUGCUACGUAUUGCGGAGAGGUAUCGUCGGCCCGGUUGGUCAGCGAAUGAGGAAAGGGAGUGCUAUCGGAUUUUCUUCAACCUUUGCCAUGAAACGCCCGACGUCAAUGAACUUGCCAUCUUCAACUCCUUAUGGCACCAACUUUCCAUCCACCUGACCAAAGAGCUACUCUAUUAUUUCUCCGUCUUGAAGGUGAAGACUAAGAUUAAGGCACUCCACAUGAACUACCGGGAGUUCCUCACAUUUCUUGAGACUCCCGGUGUCCACGUGCAUGCCGAAUCGGGGCUUGUGAAUGUAAAUAAUACGUACUGGGCAUACGUGGGCCAGCUGUGGGAUCUUAGACGUGCAGCUGCUGUGCACAUCGAUGCCGGUGAAAGAGCCUUUGACCCGAUCAUGUUUGACGACACGGAUGAGGAAAAUGUUGCUGCCGAUGACCCCAACGGGCCCGACGAUGCUGAUGCUGCUGCGUUGGAUGUCGGGAAUGAAGACGGUGACAGAGCCGCUGGGGUAGACCACAUGAACGGCGCCGCCGGUAACAUGCAGGAAGUUGAAGAUGACGAAGUGGAGGUGGUUCACAUUGAAGAAGACCAGGAACCAGAAGAAAUGGAUGUGGACACAGACGUCGAUUCAUGCGUUGACUCAAACUAG